CCUUUUGUGCUAUUGCUCAUUCGUACUUGUUCAUCAAGGCCAUUGAGUCCUCAAGGGCAGAAUUUACCACUAAACUGAAAAAUGGAAACUAAAGUACCUUUUUUCUGCCAGGCAGAAGAAAAUAUCAAUUUAUCACAUAAUGGCUGUAAUUCAUUUGCAGCCAACUUGCCGUCAAGACAUACUGACAACAAGAAAGGUGUCAAGUUUUCUAAAACAACGCAGAAGAGAAUGUCACAUGAAAUUAGGGGUUUGAGACUAGAACACAAAAAAAUGAAUGAAACAACAAUAUUCCUAUGUGGAGAAGAAAAAUCCUCUAAUUUUUCAGGAGAAAAAAAGCUCAAGAGAAAGAAAAGUUUACAAGGACAAUUGCAUACUAAAAGAACUGAGAUUGCCUCUUCCUCAGUGAAGCUGUCGAAGGAAAAGAUGACUAGGGAAGAAAACUCUUUAUUCAAGUUGCCGAAUCAGUACAGUGUUCAUAAGACUUUAUCACCCUUUUGUACAUCUUCCUCAAUUAUUCGGAAAAGGGAAAUGAUUUCUAGCCUCUACAAGACAUUAUAUAACGAAGUACCUCAAGGAGACUUACACUCACAAGAAUUAAGUGCACUUCAGAAGGCCUGUAAAAUUUUCAGCAAAAUUCAAAGUGGUAAGAUUUAUGUGAAUGAUCUGCCAAUGAUCCAUCAUACCUUGAAGAUUUUUAUAAGUGAUUCAGAAAUGCAAAAGGCACUAAAGACUAUUGAUAUUGAUGCAUUCCAAAAUGCCUUGAAGAUUUUCUGUAGGAUAAAAGGUGGUCGAGUUGCAACUGAUGAACUGGCUACUGUUUUGGAUAGCAUGGAUAUCCCCGUAAUCCCUGAAACUUUUCAGGAAGUGAUAAAACAUGCUAGUAUAGACAGUAACCACAGGGUGGAUAUUAGAGAUAUUAUAUUUACUUUGGAUGAACUACAGCACCAGUAUGAGGAUUUUUCAAUUAUGGAAUGGUCAGCCUUGGAUGAAUCUCCUUCUCACAGAAAGUUAUCAAAUAUAUCAGAAUGCUAUCUACAAUAUAGGAAGAAAAGCACUUUAUCUUCCAGGCUGUUUGAACCAUCGUUAUUCCCAAAGUUAAAUAGAAAAAACCUCCAACAUCAUAAAAUUAUGGAGGACAAUGAUCACCUUGAAUUUAAAAGAUCAAAAAAUCCUUUGCAAAUAAAAAAAUUCCUAAAUGGGGUUGAUAGCAGUAAUACAGGAUUCCAGGAACCAUAUUCAAAGGAUGGCAUAAACUUUAAGAAAUAUUCAGAGAAGAUUGAAAUUCAUGACUCAAAGUCUAUACCACAUAACUUGAAGAGUAUUACAAGCCUCAAAAAGUCUCUGGAUAAAAGUGAUACUUUUAGUAUCCCCAAACUUCAGAAGCCAACUCUGAGAAGGCAUUCCAGCCCCCUAAAACAGGUUUCAUUAAAGGAAAAAGCUACAACAAAUGCUCUGGAAAACAUCUGCAAAGCAAUCAGUAAACUCCAAGAAAAUUACAUCGCUGCAGAAGAACUUAAGUCCAUUUUGCCUUCAAUAGGAAUUACUUUAUCAGACAAAGUGUUCAAGAAGAUUGUGACAGACACUACUCAAAAUGAAAGUGGAAUGGUGAACUUAGAUGACUUUAUGAAUGCUCUCGCCAUAGAGCAAAGUCUUCCUGAAUAUGAUGUGUUGACUGAUAUCAUUAAAGCCAUUGAUAAAAUUAAAGAUGAAAAUAUGGAUUAUGAGGAUCUGAAUACUUGUCUUCAGGAUUUUGGAGUUUACCUUUCUAAGCCAGAAUUUGAGAAGAUCACAGAGUUGACUGAAGCUAAUGAAACAAAAAAGGCGAAUUUUAAAGAAUUCAUUGAUAUAAUGAUGAACAAUACGGAACGCUUCUCUGAAAAAUUAUCAUUGCCUGAGACUAUUGAAAACCUCCACAAUCUCAGCAAAGAAAAGAUGAAUGCUUCUCACCUAUGGAACACUCUGUCCAGGAAGAAUAAUAACUUGAAAAAAAAAGAAUUCCUAGGUGCACUGAAAUUAGCAAUAAUUGAUGAAGAUGAUGAAGUACAAAUAGAAGAAUUUGGAAAAGUGGUAAAGGAUAUGCGUAAUGCCUCCAGGUUAAAAGAGUUACAGGACAUUGUCUUAGCUCUUGAUGUGCUUGAAGGUGAUAUGAUACCUGGGAAGAACUUGGAGAGCUUUCUAAGAAAUAUUGGGAUUAAGUCACCUGAAGAAGAGGUAGAGAAAAUUCUUCAAUCAGAUUUUGUUUCUGAUGACAACAUCGUGAAUGUUAAAGACUGUAUGAAGGCUUUGAAGGACAACCAGAAAUUUUCCAAUUUUCUUGCAUUGAAUGACAUCAUCAAUUCAUUGGACUCUAUGGAAGAAAGUGAUCAAUCUGAUAAGGACAAAUAUGCAGGUGUACUUGGAAAUGCCAAUAGAAUUUAUUUCACUGAUGAUAGUCUUCAAGAAAUACUGGAUGAUUCCUUUGGUGAGGAUUUUAGGAAAGAAGCUUUGUCUUCAAAUCUGAGACUACCAAAAGCAGAUGAGAUUAAAGAAGCUGCGCGUAUCUUGUCAAGUGUUGAUAAUGGCAAGAUUGGUAUACCUAACUUGGAACGUGCCCUGGAAAGUUUGAAUGUUAAUUUGACUGAGGAGGACAUCAGUGAAGCCCUUAAAUGUUGUGACAUCAGUGAUAAUAAGGAGGUGAAUUUAAAAGAUUUCUUUGAAAGAAUUAAAGAAAGUCCACACUUCAAAGAGUCCAUAGCUACACAGCUACUCUUAGCUACUACCCAAAUUCUCCAGAAUGAUCUAAUUGAUGCCUCUGAACUCAAAGCAUUAUUGAUGAACAAUGACUUUUAUGCAGCUAAUGUUUUACUUAAUGAAGUAUUAAGACAUGAACCUGAACCUGAAAAUGGCAAGAUUACCAUUCAAGAAUUUUUAACUAAGUUCUGCAAUACAUUGAGAAUUCCUAAAGUCACAGGAGAUAAAAGUCAAUUUUACAAUAUCAACAUUCACAAAAAUGAAAUUACAGCCAUUCCUGACCUUCAGCAAAAUUUAAAUGUCAUCGGAAUCUAUCUAACAGAUGAUAAAAUAAAGGAGGCUUUGGAUAAUACUAAUCCUAUUGAUGAAGUGGUGAAUUUUAAGGAUUUUAUCAGAGCAUUGAACAACAGUGAUGAAUCUAUCGAGUGCCAAAAAAUAGAAGAUGCAUCUAACAUUGUUAAUAGUGUCUUUGAUGGGAAAGUUGAAGUUAAAGACCUUUUAUCUGCCUUGGGGAGUCUGGAGAAACUUUUAAGUAAAGAAAAACCUGAGGCGUUACUGAACUGUGCAACAGACGAAAAUAAAAAGACUGUAAAAGAUAUAAUUGAUGUUUUCACUAAUUCAUCGAAACCAUCAACACCAUUCAACAAUUUAUUUAAAGAGAUUACAACUCUUGAUAAGAUCAGAAAUGAUAAGAUGCCUGCAAAUGAACUGAGCUUCCAACUCUUGAGUGCAGGAAUUCUACUAAGCAACAAGACAUUCCAGGAGAUUCUGGGUCAAGCAUCUAUUGAUGAAAAUAGUGAAGUAAGUCUGAAACAAAUUUUGGAGGCUUUGAACACAAAUAAGCCAGCUCCUGAAUUUGAAGAUUUAUCUACUGCCCUCCAGACUGUCAGCUUGAUGGACUGCAACAAAAUUCAAAUUAACAACUUGCAAGAUGCUUUUGAUGACCUCAAUGUUUCUGUAAAGCCUGAAGAAUACCAGAUGUUAGAGAAAACACUUGAUGUUGAUGAAAAGGGAGAUGUUUCCCUAAAGACUGCCCUUUUAGCAUUGAAGAGCAAUAAGCGUUUGCAAGAUUUUAGAGAGGUUAAUGAACUUGCAAAUGCCUUAAACAAAGUCACCAGUGAAAAAGUUGAUGUUGAUGAAGUAAAAUCUAUACUGAAAGGCCUGGGGAUUUAUUUCCCAGAGGAAGAAUUACAGGAGGUGCUUACAUCCAUUCCUCUUGAUAAGUUGAUCGAUUAG